AUGGAGGCUCCUGACAAGCACCUGCAAGAACAGCCGGUGCCAGAGGAUACGGAACAGCAACACCAGCAACAGCAGAAGCUGGAGCACCAGAGACAACAGCAGCAGAAAACGUUGCAACAACAACUAACCAUACCUGGAACGCAGCCAGUUGAACCAUUUUCUGCUGUUUCUACAGCGGGGGGUGUGCAUCACCUACGGCAGCAACGGCGAGGGCCGCAGCAGCAGUGCCAGCAGCAAAGUAUGCCUCAGCAGCAUUCUGACCAGGAAGGGAAAAAGGAAGAGGAGGGGACGCCGCAAAAGCAGCCGCAGGAGUAUCAGUCUCCACUUAUGAUAGAACCAGUAGAAGAGCAUGUCUUGAAGUUUAUUCCUGGGGCAAGUCGUGAAGCGUCUCAGCAGCAGCAACAGCGAAAUUUCAUCAAGGAGCAGCUGGAACAGGCGAAGCAGCAGCAUGAAGGAAGGCUGCAACGGCACCAUAUAGCUGAUAAGGUGCAACAGCUGCUGCAAACUGCGGUAGCUUCAGAAAGUGCGUCUAUGGUAGCGCCGCCGUCUAUCGGAGUAGAAGCCGACCACCCAGCAACAGCAGCGAAUGCAGCAACAGCAGGUACAACACGCGCAACAGCAGCAGCUCGGAGCCCAGCCCACUCGUCCUCACCACAAACAGCAGCAUGCACAACAGAAGUAGAAGCAAACACAGCAGGAGAAGUAACAGAAGGGAGACGGCUGUCCCCAGCACCAACAACUGCUCCACCAGAAACAGCGGCUGCUCCUGCCGCUGCAUCGCCACAUAACCUGUCGCCUCCUUCACAGAAUUCGGUACGUCAGCAACAGCAACACCCGCAGCUUGUUGAAGCAGUAGCAAUACCAGCAGCAGCGUCUGCAGCAACAGUAGCUCGUCCACGGGGGCCUGUUGCAUGUGCACAGGAUAGUUUGUGGCGGCCUCAACCUUCUCCACAGGAGGCUGCGCUGCAGCAACAGCAGCAGCAGCGGGCUCACAAGCCGCCGCCGCAGCAGCAGGAACAGGAACAAGAAGAGCGAGCAGCGCUGCGCGCUGUCUCCUCUCCGCGCGUGGCUAGAGCCAGCAGCCCAAGCGAUCCAUCGUCAUCAUCAUCAGCAUCAUUAUCAGCUACAACAGCAGCAAACAAGCAACCAGCACACUCUCAGCUGAACUCUGCUUUUGUCCGCUCUCCUGCUGAGAGGCGUCGCCAGCAGCAGCAGCAGCAUCGGCAUGCUGCGCCGCAGCGGGCGAACCUCUCCCUCGUUGCCCCUGUUCCAAGCAGCAGCAAAGCAGCAGCAGCAAAUUCGCUGCUGCUGCAGGGUUGGCUGCAAAAGUGGACUAAUCUUUUGUCCUCAUGGAGACCGAGGUAUUUCUUCGUGUACGCGGGAUUCUUCAAAUACAGCACUACGAAGACCUCCCCCCCAAAAGAGAUGUUCCUCUUAAAUCAGUGUCGCAUUCGGCUCUGUCCUCACGACCCAGUACGCUUUGAGGUGGAUGUGAUAGAUCAGCAGACGCUUUACCUCAGGGCGGACAGUCAAGAGGAGAAGCAAAUGUGGUACGCAGCCUUCAAGCAGGGCCAACGAGCGGCGCUGAGUGGAACUCACAGAGCAGGCCGCUCUGCAACAGCUGCAGCCGCGGGAGGGAAUCAACGAGACAGACACCAGCAGCAGCAGCAGCAGCAGCGGAGGAAAGCCUUCGGGGACACUUCAGCUGCUGCGGGGCCAUCUGCAGCCCCAAGCACCACUAGCAGCAGCGUCAAGAGGCCUGAUAAGCAGCAGCAGCGCCAACAGUAUGAGGCCUCCAGUGCAGCGGCAGACAAGCCAACAGCAACACCGGCAGGAGCGCCGGGAGCAGCAGCGGAUGGCGGAGCAGGGGUUUCACCUCCAGCAUCUGCCACCAGCAGCAACACCAGCAGCGGUGGCGCCUUGAGCGGAUUGGCAGGGGUAGUUGCUUCGAGCGCUGCUGCUGCGGCGGCAUUUGCGACGAGCCGCCUUCGUUCCCUUUCUGCUGCUGCAGUGCAGCAGCCGCCACCCCCACCAGCAGCGUUACCACCCCCGCCACCGCUGCAACCCCAGCAGCAGCAGCAGCAAAAGCAACUGCUGCAUCAGCAGCUGCAGCAGGAAUCGGGAACACUCCGCAGCAGGAGCGAUGGAGGUUCUGCGGCGGAAACGACAGCAGACAUGGUUGGCGCUGCUGCUUCAACUGCGGCCCCCACGGAAGCACCCGCUGGCAGCAGCAGUAGCAGCAGCAGCCCCCUUCUAGGCGCACAGCUGCUACAGGCCGACAACAGCAGCGAAGCGCUCCUUGAAAAUGCUGAGGGGCCUUUAGUUUUGCUGCUGGAGAGCAUCAUAAACGCACGGCAGAACAUACAGGCAACUCCAGACACUAGACCCCUACCCCUCAUCAUCACGCCCGGCCCUUUUGUUACUUUUUAUAGAGGACGUGCCGUCAACGGUUCUUCUCGGGACAAGCCAACUAUCGGGCUUAAAGUUACGUGGUAG